AUGCAAGACCAUUUAUUUUUGCACUGUCCCGUUGUUAGAGAAUAUUGGAAUGCAAACGCCUCAGUUCGAUGGCUUGGUACUCAUCUUCGAUCUUCUUCUGUUCUCUCUCUCUUCCGUGAACUCCGUAAUAAUGUAACCUUACCGGCUAAAAAGAUCAUAACUUCCAUUUGGAGUAUUUGGAAAACACGUAAUGCUCACAUUUUUAGACAAUCUCCCGUCUCAUCGAUGGGAAUAUACAGUAGAGCUUUCAGGAUCCUUACGGAAUGGAAUAUGCGUACACGUCUCGAUUCAUUGGAUGUGAACAUUAAUAAUAAUUCUCUUUCAAAGCCUCCACGUACCAUGCAAGUUGCUUGGACACCUCCGACCCCUGGUAUUGUGAAAAUUAAUUUUGAUGGGUCAGUUCGUAACAACUCUGGAUCGGAACAGCUGGUGUAG